AUUCCAAGUCUCCAUUUUUUCCUCUCUUUCUUUCUACUUCAUCUUCUUCCGAGGAAGAGAGAGAGAGAGACAAAGAAGACUCUGUCUGUGUCUGUGUCUGUGUCUAUCUACGAUUCUCUCUCCUACUCAACCUCGUCGUAACAUUUAUUGUUUUUUUUGUUGGUGGGGCGUGUCGUUUUCUCACUUCUACAUCUGCAAUCGGCUUCCGGUGAUUUGUGUUUGCGUGUGUCGUUUUACUGUCUGUGAUUGUCGUUUAGUCAGGUGUAUGUGUGUGUCAAAAUGGUAGUAGAAGUAGAAGAAGAAGAAGAAUGAGAGUUGACGUUAUAACGAAAGAAGAAUGCGAACCCUUUGUGACGUCUGCGAGAAAGCCGCCGCGAUCCUCUUCUGCGCCGCCGACGAGGCUGCUCUAUGCAGUUCCUGCGAUGACAAGGUUCACAAGUGUAACAAACUUGCCAGUAGGCAUGUGAGGGUUGGACUAGCUGACCCCAGUGAUGUUCCCCGGUGUGAUAUUUGUGAAAGUGGACCUGCCUUUUUUUACUGUGAGAUAGAUGGUAGCUCUCUCUGCCUACAAUGUGAUAUGAUUGUGCAUGUUGGCGGUAAAAGAACACAUAGGAGAUAUUUGCUUUUGAGGCAGAGAAUCAAGUUUCCAGGUGAUAAGUCUGGCAAUUUAGAGGAGUUAAGGCUGCCACCCCUUGAUUCCAAUGAAGUAAGAAGGGAACAAAGCCAACCAUCCAGGCUUAAUCAGCAGAAUCACAGAGUCUCUUCUGUUGCAGUUCUGGAUAAUAAUAAUAAUAAUAAUAAUAAUAAUAAUGAUGACGACGAUGACGAUGAUGAUGAUGGUGGUGGUGGUGGUGGCACAAAGAUGGAUAAUAAAUUGAUUGAUCUCAACAGCCGACCCCAUAGGAUUCAUGGUCAACCUUCAACUAACCAGGGUAUGGAUGUCCUUAGCGGCACUAAUCAUGAAUCCACAAGUGUAGUUCCAGUGGUGUCCUUUGAACGAGAGCCUGAAAAAUGACUAAGAUUUUCUGGACAAUUCUCUCCUGUGUCUAGCCGGGUAACAAAACUAAGGGCUGCAACCUUGUUUACACAUGUCUUCCGUUCUCGCUGUCUGUUAUAAUUCUUGUGCAGAAUUGGUUUAGAUAAAAUUAUCCACCAAAAUAAGAAAAAAGUUAAUUAGAUGGAUAGAGUCACUACUUCUGUAUUGAAAACAUUGUUUGUUUCUUAUAAAAUUUGAUGCAAGUUGUUAUCUUCUGUAAGUCUGGAACUGAAGUUGGACAAAAACUAUGCUCGACUACUGUUCUGGGCUUAUAAUUUGCCUAACCAGAAGAAAGAAGAUGCCAAAACUUUGUUAUGUUCUUGUGUUACUUGUGCUAUUACUAUAAGAGAAGGUAAAACUGAUGGUAAAAUAUGAAAGUUCUCAUUA